CAAAUCAAUGCGCAAUGUGAGUAGACAUACUGCCAAGAUGGCGGCGGCUGGAAAUUUUUGUUUCCCUUUCCACAGACCUGUUUGAGAAAAAGACCUACUGAACGCUGACAUUAGCCUGACGUGACAAGUACGAUAUUGUAAAAGGAUAGGCACAUUUACUAGAUAGCUCAACACUUGACAUCACUGAAACAUCAUCAUCAUGCCAUUCGGACAAGUGGUCAUCGGUCCGCCUGGUUCGGGAAAGACAACCUACUGCCGGGCCAUGCACGAGUUUCUGACCGGUCUCGGGCGCAAAGUCACCAUCGUCAACCUGGACCCCGCCAACGACACUUUACCGUACGAAUGCACCGUAAACAUGCAGAGUCUCAUAACCCUGGAAGACGUGAUGGAAAAACUGAGACUAGGACCAAACGGCGGUUUGAUAUACUGUAUGGAGUUUUUGGAGAAGAAUUUGGACUGGCUGCAGGACUUGUUAGAGAAACAGAAGGAUCGGUACUUCCUGUUUGACUGUCCAGGACAGGUGGAGCUGUACACACACCACAACUCUGUCAGGAACAUUGUGGCACAACUACAGAAGUGGGACUUUAGGUUAGUGUCUGUCCAUCUGGUGGACUCUCACUACUGCAGUGACCCGUCCAAGUUUGUGUCCAUCCUGCUGACCAGUCUGGCCACCAUGGUCCAGAUGGAGUUGCCACACGUCAAUGUGCUGUCCAAAAUUGACCUGGUGGAAAAGUUCGGCAAACUAGAUUUUAACCUUGACUUCUACACUGAUGUUUUGGACCUGCAGUACCUGUUUGGACACCUAGAGGGUGAUCCAUUUCUGGCCAAAUACAAGAAGUUGAAUGAGGCUAUUGUAGGUGUUGUAGAAGACUACAGCCUGGUGUCAUUCGUUCCAUUGAAUGUUGAGGAUAAGGACAGUAUGAGAGAAAUGAUGAAGGCAGCGGAUCGUGCCAUUGGCUACCACUGGGGGGAGGGGGAGGACCGCACCUUACAGGCCAUGAUGUCAUCAGCUAUGGGAGCAGACUAUGAGUACUUCAAAUCAGCUCAGGUACAGGAAAGAUACAUGAAGGAGGAUGGACAAGAAGAGCAGGAGGAAGAAAAGAUGGAUAUUUUCCCUGGCAAAUUGUGACAGAACAUCAAGAUUGUGCAUUUUUUUUUAACAAUAGAAGACCAGGGUCUUUUCAGUCCACUGUACCAUACUUGGUAUUAUAGGUUGUAAUGCAACAUGUUUAGAAAAAGUUGCUGUAUAUUUUUAGCAUCCAUCUAUCAAUAUUUUUGUGGUUCAACAUAAUCUAAGACUUAAAAUUCAUUAGAACUGUGACUGUACAGUUCAUAUCAUGCUUGAUGUUAUGAUAUAUUAUUAUAAUAUUGGUACCAUGUCUUUUAUGGAUAUUGUCAAUCUAGUAGGGAACUUUGAGUACUGUAUAUGACAAUUCCAAGAAGAACAGUCUGUAAUACGUUGUACAUGAAUCUAUUUUGUUAUGAGCAUUGCUAUCAUAUAAAAGGAUCCUUAUGUUUCCACAUAUACGUUACAUGAAUGAUGAAAUAAACAUGUAAUUCUGCA